CCUUCCCCCCCUGGCACUCGGCGCCGGGGCUCCGGUGGCGAGGAGCAAGAUCGCCAACUCCGCCCCUGCCCGCUUCGCCCUGGUCGCGCACCUGGUGGCGAGGCUCCUGCCGAUGCCGCUGUCGCUGGACAACCCGGAGCGGGAGAAGCGGUGCUUCUGGAUGCAGGAGCUGCGCUUCGAGACAAAGUCGGACAUCAUGCGGCACAUCCACCUCAUCACUCGCCACUUCUCGGCUGCGGCGCUUGGGCUGCGCCUCAAUCGCGAGGCCGAUGGCGCCCGCGUCUGCGUGGCCGCGGGGCUGGCCGCAAUCAUGGACGCUCUGAUGCGCCGCCCGAUGGACUUCCUGUCGCUGCGGCGGCGGCACGGCGGGAGACGGCGGGACACCGCCUCCCUGCUGCCGCUGCACUAUAGCGGAGAGGCGGACGGGCCCACGAAGCCCUUCGGCCUUGACCCGGGCGUCUUCCGCGAGGCCUCCGAGGCGCUACUGCUCGUGGCGCCAGAGUACGCCGUGCUGCGCACGCUGGUGCUGGACUACUUCUACAGCAUCCGGGGUAGGAUCGACGACGACCACGUCAUCUUCCACUUCGACAAGUCCAUGGCGUGCUCGGAAGGCGACCGCCUCUUCGUGGAGCAGCUCGGCCUCUGCCUGGGCCUGGACGCUCCGAGGCGCGACGCCCACUUGCUCCUCACGGCUGAGCGGCCCGAGCUCAUUGAGCUCUACACCGAGCUCGCCUGGUUCCGCGACGUGGUCUUCCUGUGGAAGGUCCUCCUGCUGCCCCCAGGCGCCGCCAUGUCCAUGUCCGACGACCGCUUCGGGAGCGCCGCGGAGUGGCCUCUGCAGUGGCGCUGGGUGAGCCGAGACAAGGUGAGCUUCUUCAGCGUCCUCGGCUUCGACGGCGCGGAGAAGGUCUGGGCCACCCAGCCGCCUCGCCCGACCCGUCUCGCCUCUACCGCUCUGGUCGCGGAGGGUUUCACGGUGCCGUUGGUGCUGCUGUCGCCUUCGCCGAUGCUGUCGGGGCUGCGGCCUCGGGAGCGGCAGCACACGCUGUCAUCUACGAAGGGGCUGGGGCCCAGGGAGCCCGAGCGCGCUGUACUCUGCGAGCGGAGGGGCACCAGGGCCGGGGAGAUCCGGGCAAGGGGGCUGGCGGGUUUGCCGUAG